GUUCUUAGUGGGAUACAGUUUCCGAUUUCCACAUGCCUCAUUCACACUGUCAGGAAAUCUCCAUUCAGUGUCAGAGUUUAGCUGAUCAACACUGCACACAGUGUCUGCAGUUAAUCAACUUUGGCUCCUCUGUAUUUACUGCCAAAAGCUGUUGUGUUUGUCUCAGAAUGCUUUAACAUCCAGUGUUAGUGUGCUAAUGCCUGCCUCAUGCUGUUGGCAUGGGCAGUAAUUGGGCAGAGAGCCCUACAGGUCUGUAACACAAAGCAACAGGGAUUAUAUGCUGUGUCAGGCUUUUUUUUCUUCUUCUUAGUUUAUGCAUGGUCUGGAUAGUAAUAUCAUGCUUCACAGAGUUUGAUCUUGACUUGGUUUGAUCCAAUAAUAUGUGUUAACACCUUUACUGUUGAGGACGAUAUACCACCACCGACCACUAAGCCAAGAUCCGGUGGACGUCUUUGAUUUCUGAGCCUCACCUUACAGCAUGUAAUGUUAUGAUCAUAAAGACUGAUGCUUUAGCAACAAAUUCCUGAAGUCAACAAUGUACGCAACGAGCUGUAAAUGUGUUUGCAACAAUGAGAAGUGUGUUUGGACAGGACCAACAGAAGAGCUUUGCCAUGUGCUGAAGGGACAAUAUUUCUGAUCCAGAAAUGUCCACCGAGGCUGUGCACACAGUGCCGCCGGUUGCCGUGACUACGGAUGACGUGACGUACAUGGUGCCGGCAUGGAACACGACGCCGUGGGACCCGCGGCUGGCAGACAGAUGUGACCACAUCAGCACCAACUACAACAUCAUCCCAGCAAUCAUCUGUGUCAUGUGUUUCGUAUUUGGCAUUCUAUACACUUUCUUUGGUUACCGCUUCUUCAAAGCUGUGAUGUUCAUGACCGGAUUUAUAUUUGGAUCGGUGCUGGUCUACAUGAUCUGCCUGGAGGAGGAGAUUCUGCCCCCCGAGGGCAAUGCUGGGGUGGCCAUCGGAGCUGGGAUUCUGUGCGGACUCAUCACAAUGCUAGUGCAAUACGUCGGACUCUUCCUCACCGGGUUCCAUCUCGGCGUCGCCAUCGGUGCCGGGGUUCUUAUCAUUCUGGAACAGUACAUGCAUCCGUCCACCAAGUGGAUCCCCAUCGGAAUCAUGGUCGGGAUCGGGAUUUUCCUUGCCGUCCUUAUUUUAAAACUACAGAAAAGCUUGACUAUUCUCGGGACCAGUAUAUUUGGAGGAGGCCUCAUGGUGGCCUUUUUAGACUAUUUCAUAGAGAGGUUCAUUAUGGUACUAUAUGUGUGGGACCGAAUCAAGGGAGAGUACUCUGAGCCAGUGUGUUGGUACAGCUGGAUUAUCUUGGGGUGCUGGCCGUUUUGUUUUCUUGUUGGAUCGGUGACUCAGUGGAGAAUUACUGGACAAGGUGUUGAUCACAGAGAAGCAUUACAUGGCAACCGCACUAAAAGGGUGGACCUGAAACGUCUGCGGAUGAGAGAGCGCCGAGACGCCCAGCACUCGAGAUAUCGUCACUUGUACCAAGUGAGACGAGUCAACGGCGACGUCAUCUCACAGAGUUACAUCCAGAGCGUACAACACAAACUGUCUCCUGCUCUACGCAGCCUUACAGCACAACAGACGGCCGACCUGGAGAGUGCCAACACAACACUCACGCAGGUGCCUUGAUAGCAAGCAUGCAGUCACGCACAGACCGCAACAUCAUCUGUUAGCAUCUCUCAUCGGGUGGAGUAACAAUGUGGUACACGUAGCACCAGCUGACAAAAGCAUCGACUGUGUUACAUAUCAUUGGUAGCAACUGAGUUACAUAUCAUUGAUAACAACUGAGUUAGAGGUAACGACAGCCAUCAAGUGGAAUAAUACUAUGGGACAUACAGUCGAUCUACAAAAGUAUUGAUGGUGUUUACAUAUCAUAUGUAGAAAAUGACUAAUGUAGAAAACAGCAGCAGAUGCCUUCAUCAUUGGGAAUGAUUUUCUGGUAUGCUCUGCGGGGAUGAAAAACCUCAUGUGGAGAAUUCCUGAAUUACAGAUCUUGGUGCCAAGCAAAAAUGGUCCCUGUCCUCAUUCUAUGAUGAAAAGCACACGGUAAAAUCCUACCUUUUAAGACUGCAAAAUAAUCUACAGGGUGUUGGGGUUUUUUCACAGUCAUUCUCAUUCUUGACUUCACAUGAAUAGCUACAAAAAGCAAUAUGUUACAUAUCAACUAGUGAGAUAAUGAAAGUAGACUUAUUUGGUAACAUCUAUCAAAGCUUAAGAUGUGGAGCACGAGAAAUAUUGGAUUUGAUUUGAUUUGAACUUUUAUAACAUGUCCCUGUACCACUAAGGUUUCAGGCAUGUUCAUCCCGGGUCCUGUCUCUGGAUAGCCAGGGAAAUAUCGGAAAGGCAUUUUGAAAUUUUUAUUUUUAUUUUCGGAUUUCAACCUUUCUGUUUUUUCAUAUGCUCAGACGGAUGCCAGUGGCUCCGAUAAAUGCUGCUGUAUGUUAUUGGUUCCCUAUAGGAAUGAAGAGUUUUUUCCUCCAAUGUUUCGGACUAGAAUAAAGAGUUAACAUCUUUGUAUUGUCUAGGUUAGUGAUGAUGCUUUUAAAAUUUGGGAAUUGAUCAUCUGGAGAAGAAACCUACAUUUCUUGGAGACAUUUUUCUCACUGACGGUGGAUGAAUUAUACAUAUCACUUCUGUGUUCACAGCUUCACUGUGUGACAUCAACAUGCAUGAUGGCUCAGGUUGAAUAGGGUGACUGUGUCUUUCAUCAAGCUACGUACAUCUAGUUUGGCUAGUCACAUGAAAUAUCAGCAUGCUAGAGCUACGUGGAUUGACAGGUUUCAGGCAGACCCAUUGGCUCGUACUUUCUCAACAUAUCACUGAUCACAGACACAGGUCAUUGAAGACAGUUAACAAAAUAUGUGAUGUUCAUAAAAAUUUGUUAUUUUGGUGGUAAACAGACAUGUAGAAUAGAUCUCAAAGUCGUAUUAUUAAGUAAUUUAGAAUAAGAAGUACAAACUUCAAUGAAACGUGCUGUGGCUACCCAGACGUAUUGAAGCAACAUUUAUUUAUUUUAUGAAGCAUGGAUGUUUAGGAUGUGCAGAGAUGUUUAUUGUGUCUUUAAAGGGAUCUUUUCGACCUAUUCUUCUACCAACUAGGGUAUGUGCUGUCCUUUCUGUGGGAAAGUGCUUGUAAAAUGUCCCUUGCCACUCCUAUGUAACCCUAUGUAGCAGUAGCAGGUAUCCUCGCACAAUUACAACCAAGUGUAGAAUGUCGAAAUAACUAUGUUAAACACCAAGUAGCUGUAGUUUAAAAAUGUUAAACAAAUAUUUUUCCUUUCCUUUUUCUUUUGAACAGUUGACUUUUAAAAAAAAAAAAAACAUUUUAACAAUAUUUGUUUCCAUCAAUUCAGUGGUUGAGAUUAACCAGUAUGUGACACCUGUGUUACAACCUCUCUGUGUAUUUUAGUAGUAAAUGACGAUUUUCUAACCUAAAUAACCAUAGGAUGAAGAAAAGAUAUAAAAGUGUAGCAACACCACUAUGCAUGCAGGUACACGUGUAUGCCAGGUGAUCUAAUCCAUUGUGGUAUGUUUUAGAAUGGUGCUGAUUUUUAGACAAUAAACCAUAAAAUAUUCAUACCAUGCCAUCAUGAGUAGAUUGAUUGAAUUGAAGUGUCGACAAUUUUCACAUUUUUAAAUAGUCUUGCUAUUGAUCUGGGACAGUUUGGUGCAGUGUUUCAUAAUGGCUUCUUCAGAAAACCAGAGCAGUUUAGUUGAUAUUUAGACUGUCAAAUAAUGAUACAAAUUCCAUUCUUGUAAAUGACAUUUGUGAUAAAACCAAGAUACUUAUUAUUACCAUACAUAGUGUAAAUGUUUUAUUGUUUUUCAUAACACAGUUUAUUUGUUCAGUGUUAAUCUUGCUGACAAAUGUAAGCAAAAACAUAGUUUUGAAUUGUUUUACAAUGUAGUUAACCAAAAUACUUACCUUUGUACAUGUAUGUAGUUAUAAAUUCAUGUAUGAUUCCAGCAUUGCCAACAUUUGUUGUUUCUUAUAAUAAAAUGAAACUCAAGAUGACUAAUGACCUAAAUCUGAAAUGGAUGCUGUUUAUGUAAAUAUUACUAGGUACUGUCCAACCUGUGUCAAACAGACAACAUGGGGAAUAUACAAAUUUUACACCAUGUACUUAAUACAGAUUACUUAGAUUAACAGGCUAAUGACGUAGGUUAUCAGCUCUAUCCUGUGCGUGCGGGAUGUAGCCAAGUGGUAAAAAGCUUGCCUGAUGUGUGGUCGGUCUAGGAUCGAUCCCCGUCGGUGGGCCCAUUAGGUUAUUUUCUGUCCUUAUGCACUACGACUGGUAUAUCAAAGGCUG